UUCAUAACUGUCCAUUUUACGAUCACACCCUAUCCCAGCCAUUCUCUCGCCAUUUUGUUCCAAGUCUUUUCGAGUGAUUUUGUACUCGUGGUGCAUAGUACCUUGAUGAUCUCGUGGCAGAUUUAAUCAUUUUAAUUGAAGAAAUAACGUAAAUAUAUGUAAAAACAUGCCAUCUGUAACAUUGAAAGAUGUAGAUCAACACAAGUUCGUGAAGGCCUUCGCUGCCUUCCUUAAAAAAACAGGCAAGAUGCGUGUGCCUGAAUGGGUGGAUAUUGUAAAAACGGCCCGUUUCAAGGAGCUUGCACCUUAUGAUCCAGAUUGGUACUUUAUUCGUUGUGCAGCUCUGGUGCGUCACAUUUAUUUCCGCAGUCCAAUCGGAGUUGGUGCUGUUACCAAGAUCUUUGGAGGACGCAAGCGUAAUGGCACCCAUCCCAGCCACUUCUGCCGAUCAGCGGGUGGUGUUGCCCGCAAAGCAUUGCAGAGUCUUGAGCAGUUGAAGCUCAUCGAGAAGGCGCCUCUUGGUGGUCGUAAACUCACCAGCCAAGGACGUAGAGACUUAGACCGUAUUGCGGCGCAAGUUAAGGCGAAGAGCAAAAAACAGCUUAAGCUUCAGGAAACCAUUGUCAUUUAAUUUCUAUGUCCAAUAAAGUUUAAGAACUUUCACUAAUGUAGUGAAACUAUUUGUUAGAUUAUACUUACCCGUGUAUAACAACUAUUACUGUAAUUAUAUCUUUAACCCAUUU